CUGAAGAAGUACACAAUAGAGAGAGAAAAAAAGAUAUUUUGAUUAUGGAUAUUGUUUUACCUUCUGUUACAUCUCAAAAUGAAGAAAUCCAACGUCUAAACAAGGAUAUUAAAACAAAUGAUAAAAUNAUUAUUGAAAGUCUUAUAGAUGAUAAUAGUUUGCCUAGAAAUGAAGAAAUAAUUGAUGAAAAUUGUAAUGAAGACAACACCUGGAGCACUUAUACAAAAAAGAAUCUAAAAAGACCAAUAUCUGAACAAUUAAAAGUUAAAAAAAAAGCAACAAAAAAAGUUCUAUUUAAUAAUUCAAGAAUAAAAAAACAGUAUGUUCCACUGUCUCAUGAAUUGGCUGACGCUAAAUUACAGUUCGUCAAAGAACAGCACUGCAAAUUUUUAGAAGAACACGAUUUAAAAAUGCAAAUUUUGAAAAAAAAAUUAGAAAUAAAAAUUAAAAAAUGUAGAAUACUUGGCAUUCAUAAUGAAGAAAAUGAAAGAACAUAAAUAUUUUAAAAAUAUAUAAUUGCCAAAUGAGCUGUGCUAGUUU